GAAACGGCGUCGUAUUCGUAUGCAUAUUGCUCAACUCUUGGCUCAGGACUGUCAGUGGAUUAGAGCCGAAGAUAGCACGCCGAAGAAUUUAGAGAGACAUGCUGGGAAUUGGCGGGAAAGGAGGUGGUGGAGUGGGGCAGCUGCUGGCGGCCGCAGCGGCGGCCCUGCUACUGCGCCUCUUCUCUGGCCCGGGACCGGUGUUACUUCCCGACGAGGAAGAAGGCCAGGUUCCGGCAGCGGAACUCAAAGUUGCGCCGGUCACUAUCAAAUGGAGCAAUAUAAAUUGCUCUCUCUCCGAUAAAUCCUCCAAAUUAGUCCGGUUUCUGCUGAAAAAUGUCAGCGGAGAGGCAAAGCCUGGUAGAUUACUUGCAAUAAUGGGCCCUUCUGGAUCUGGGAAGACUACCUUGCUUAAUGUUUUGGCCAGUCAGUUAGUGGCAUUGCCCAGGCUACAUUUAUCUGGCCUUUUGGAGGUUAAUGGGCGACCAUACUCAGCUAAAAAUUACAAGUUGGCAUAUAUUAGGCAGGAGGAUCUUUUUUUCUCACAAUUGACUGUGCGAGAAACACUCUCCCUUGCUGCUGAGCUGCAGCUGCAGGAUAUAUCUUCAGUGGAAGCAAGAGAUCAAUAUGUAAAUGAUCUCUUGUUCAAAACUGGCCUGGUCAGUUGUGCUGAUUCACGAGUUGGGGAUGCGAAAGUCCGUGGGAUCAGUGGUGGGGAAAAGAAAAGAUUGUCACUGGCAUGCGAGCUAAUUGCUAGUCCGUCUGUAAUUUUUGCUGAUGAACCUACCACAGGACUUGAUGCCUUCCAGGCUGAGAAAGUGAUGGAAACACUACGUCAACUUGCACAGGAUGGUCAUACAGUAAUCUGUUCUAUACACCAGCCUAGAGGAUCGGUGUAUGCCAAAUUUGAUGACAUUGUGUUGCUCACAGAAGGUUCACUUGUCUAUGCGGGUCCUGCACGUGAUGCAGCUCUGGCUUACUUCUCAAAGUUUGGGUUUAUCUGCCCUGAACAUGUCAAUCCUGCUGAGUUUUUGGCUGAUCUCAUUUCAGUAGACUAUAGUUCUCCUGAGAGUGUUGACGCUUCUCAGAAAAGAAUAGACGGUCUCAUUGAGUCAUUUACUGAGCAGAUGCCAUCAACUCUGUAUUCAACUUCACUUUCCGGGCUUGAUCUUAAGGACACCACAACCUUGAGGAAGAAAGUUAUUGCCAAAAGUAAAGGUGGUUGGUGGAGGCAAUUCUGUUUGCUCCUCAGACGUGCAUGGAUGCAGGCGUCUCGUGAUGGCCCCACGAAUAAAGUUCGUUCAAGGAUGUCAAUAGCAUCGGCUAUCAUAUUUGGUUCUGUCUUUUGGAGGAUGGGGAAGUCACAGACAUCAAUACAAGAUAGAAUGGGAUUGCUUCAGGUUGCAGCUAUAAACACUGCAAUGGCUGCACUGACAAAGACAGUAGGUGUAUUUCCUAAGGAACGUGCAAUUGUUGAUAGAGAAAGAUCGAAAGGGUCCUAUUCAUUAGGGCCAUAUUUACUGUCAAAACUAUUAGCUGAGGUCCCUGUUGGAGCAGCAUUCCCAUUGCUCUUUGGUACUGUUUUGUACCCCAUGACUCGUCUUCAUCCAACCAUGUCAAGAUUUGGGAAGUUCUGUGGAAUAAUAACCAUGGAAUCCUUUGCUGCAUCUGCGAUGGGCCUAACUGUUGGUGCUAUGGUUCCAACCACUGAAGCAGCUCUGGCAGUAGGACCAUCUUUUAUGACUGUUUUCAUUGUAUUUGGAGGCUACUAUGUCAAUGCAGAGAACACGCCAAUCAUCUUCCGCUGGAUUCCUCGUGUUUCCCUCAUCAGAUGGGCAUUUCAAGGGCUUUGCAUUAACGAAUUCAGUGGGCUUCAGUUUGACCAUCAGAACUCUUUUGACAUUCAGACUGGUGAUCAAGCCCUGGAUCGACUUUCCUUUGGAGGCAGUACGAUUAGAGAGACAGUGGUUGCUCAAAGUAGAAUACUACUGUUUUGGUAUUACACCACUUACCUUAUGCUGGAGAAAAACAAACCCAAGUACCAACCACUUGAGCUGCCUCCUCGUGAUCAAUUACAAACGCCACUAAAGCUCGAGCCUCUUGAAAGUGAAACCGAGGAACCAUAUCAACCAUCCGAAUCUCCCCUUCCUGACCAAGGUAAACCCGACCAGCCACUUCAAUCUCCUCCAUCUGAGCCACUUAAUCUAUUCGGCCUAGACGGUUUGUAAUUCCUUGGACUGCGAUAAUCUUGAUGUGAGAUACGCUACUUGCUAUUAUUUAUCUCAUACAGGUGCAGAGUCGGAGGCGAUACCUGCACAAUAAAGAAGGUAGCACUUAUUAGAACAUAAUGAUAGUGAAAUUGCAUGGUAGCACUGAUCAAAGCUUGAGCACUACAUCUGCGAUGGCCUGCCUUGUAUUUUUUGAAGUACUAGAAAUAUUCGUAAAACAUAUAUAUUGGUCUGUUUUGAUUAAUGAUCCUCACACAAACAUUUUCUCUAUCAAUGUUUGCCUGACUUUCUAUGGUUUUUGGUA